AGGUAGUCAUGUCUAUUGAACAUUUCUCGUGUCAAUUGUUUUCAUAAAAAUUACAGAUGAUUGUUGUGUAAUCCAUCUAGAAAUAAUAAUUUGUAUUGUAAUUAGUUUAUUGUAAAAUUAAAAUAAUGUUGAAGGCAAUAAACAGUGUGGCCAGAUUGCCGAAAAGCCCUUUGUACAGAUCCCUGCCUGCUUUUUCAACUAAUAGCGCAGAUUGGGCUAAAGAUAAAGAUCCUACAUGUGUUAAAGAGGCCCCUAGAAUAGAAAAUGAGAAAAUAAUUUCCCUGCCUGAGGAAGAGCAACAAAAAUAUGCAUUGGAAGCAAAGAUCACGGUCCCUGUCAAGGUGGAUCUAAGUCCGAUCAUGGGUGUUCCAGAGGAGCACAUCCGCACUCGCCGCGUAAGGAUCUACCAGCCAACAAAGAACGCAAUGCAAAGUGGCACCAGCAACAUCCAUCACUGGGAAAUGGAAUUUGACAACCGCCAACGCUGGGAGAACCCACUCAUGGGUUGGACUUCUACCGGGGAUCCUCUCUCCAACAUGAAGGUCCAGUUCACGUCUCCCGAUGAAGCCAUAGAGCAUUGCGAGAAAAAUGGCUGGGUCUGGUUCCUGGAUGUCCCGAAAACGGAAAAGGACUUCAGGCCUAAGAACUAUGGAAUAAACUUCUCAUGGAACCGCCGCACUCGGGUGUCUACCAAGUAGAAUGUUAGUACAAUAAUUAAUUUGUUGAUUUUAUUUAAUUUUAGAUACUUCAAGAAUUUGAUGUAAUUUGCAGAAUACAUUAUGGCAAUUA